UCCCAUGAUGCAGUGCGCGGUCCGUUGCCUGGGAACGGAUGGAGCAUUAAACUCAGUAGCUGCCUGCUAGCUGCUCUCGCUAACACUUUAACGCAGAUAAACCGGACUCUGUCUGUUAGAGAGGAAUAUUUAAUAUAUAUAAACUAAUAAUAAAUCAUAUAAAGAGAGUUUGCUCCGCUUCGUUACACGUUCACACCGUGUGUCCGCUGUCUCGGGCCGUUUGAACCCUCCCGUGGUGGCUAAUGCUAGCUGGAGUUAUAAGCAGCUCCUGUAUAUAAACACCGGCCGACCGGGAGCUGAAUGCGUGUAACGGCGGCUGGGUUCACCCGGUGAUCCGUGAGCGUCCCAUGGAGCGGACUGACCGGGGAAAAGACACCAGACUGCUGAACAACCAGCCGUACGACGAGAGCCUGGAGGUGGUCGACGCUGAGGAGGUAGCGAGCGUCUACAGCCCGACUCCCCGCAGCCAGCGACAGUCAGAGUCCAGGAGGAAGGUCCGCAGCCUGAUGUCGGCCAACAGCGGCAGCGACGAGUUCGAUGAAGACCACGCGCCCCUGAGGGCCAACGAGGCGGCCGGCGUGCAGCCCGGCGUCGGCCCGCACGACGAGGACGAGGAGGAGGAAGAGGAGGACGAGGAGGAGGAGGAGGAGGACUCUGACGAAGAGGACUCGGACGACGACGACGAGCCCAGCAAGGCUCCGGAGGGGGCGUACGACCCCGCCGACUACGCCAACCUGCCCGUCAGCACGGAGAUCAAAGAGCUGUUCCAGUACAUCACGCGCUACACCCCUGAGUCCAUCGAGCUGGACCACAGCCUGAAGCCGUUCAUCCCGGACUUCAUCCCGGCCGUGGGAGACAUCGACGCCUUCCUGAAGGUGCCGAGGCCGGACGGUAAAGCGGACAAUCUGGGUCUGCUCUUCCUGGACGAGCCCAACGUGAAACAGUCGGACCCCACGGUGCUGUCGCUGUGGCUGUCGGAGGAGACCAAGCAGCACGGAGCCACCGAGCUGAAGAAGGUGACGAGCGUCGCCAGUCCUCAGUCCAACCCUCGGGCGGUGGACAGCUGGGUGGAGAGCAUCACGGCCCUGCACCGCUCCAAGCCCCCGGCGAGCGUCCAGUACGGCCGAGCGAUGCCGGACAUCGACAGCCUGAUGCAGGAGUGGCCGGCCGAGCUGGAGGAGCUGCUGGGCCGCCUGCAGCUGCCGCCCGCCCGCCUGCACUGCAGCCUGGCUCAGUACGCCGACGCCGUCUGCGGCCUGCUGGACAUCCCCGUCUACGGCAGCAGGAUCCAGUCUCUGCACCUGCUGUUCAGCCUCUACCUGGAGUUCAGAGACUCGCAGCACUUCACACGCAGAGCUUAGAGCGGCCGGAGGCUCCGCGUCACGGCGAGCGCACAAACUGUACGGGAAGUAAAGGAUCAAAAACUGGACCUCAGAUGUUCCUGACUUUAAACAUUCCUCUGGUUUUAUUCUGCACUCUGGGUGCUUGUUUAGAAUAUUUAGAGUCACUGCAGUUUAUUUGUUGAGAAACUCGUCUGUUUUCUGUCUUUUUAUAUCCUCAUUCACCUUUAAAACAUGUAACCGACACAUUUCUGUACAGUUGUUUAAGUGGAGAUUAAAACCCGCUCAGUUAUUA